AUGGAUUUGGAAGCGUACUCUUGGGCCUGUGGCAGCAGCAUACGCUGCAUAGCAGAGAGCCAGGACAACAAUGAUCCUGCUCAAGAAAAUGAUGCAGAGAAAAAGCGCUCAGAGGAAAAAGCUGUCCUGGGAGCACAGGGGCUGGUAAGUGUGUGGGCUGCAGCUGUACGGGUUGCGGCUGAACUGGGUGAUGUGGAAGACAUUGAAGAAGAGCUGGGGCCACACGCUGCAGCGAUUCUCAGUGCCUCGAAGUUCGCCUGGAACGAUGAUGACGAAGCUGAGAUCUCUGAGGAAGAAGAUUCGUGUCGCAUGGAGGCGGCUCCCGACGAAAGGGUACUCACGGAAGCCCCACCGCAGCCUCAGCCUGGCCUCAUGCAACUUCAGGCGCUCCCGCCUGACAAAAACGAGAAAGUUGAGGAAGCCGUCGAGGGUUUAGAUGGCUUCCUGGGCUUGUUGUCUGCAUGGUCAGACGACGCUCCAGCCUCGAGACUCUUGGAAGAGGCCAGACACUCCAAAACGCAAGGACUUGUACAUCACAAGGCAUCUCUUGGCAGGGCCCCUGAGCCGCGUGGUGGGAAGCCACUCAGUAAAGACAGCCUUGCAAAGCUCCGCGAACGCUUCCCUCAGAGUAGGGCACCGAGCCCACCAGCUGAGACGCGGCAUUGGCGGCGACUGGACUUUGAGCUGUAUUUCGGCCCUGCCCUGAGCAGCGACGGAGUCUUGCAGCCCCGUUCAGAGCCAGCACCGAGCACAGAGGAGCUCCUGGCACAGGAGAUGCGGCAAACGAGCAAGGCCAGUCCUCUGCUCGCCGAAAUGCGCAUGCGGCUUGCACAAGAAAAAGUUGCACAGCCUCCACCGGAAUAUGCUGCUUUUUGCCAACAUCUUCUGGAGAGCUAUGGGAAUAUUCGAACGUUUCAAGCUUCGGAGGUGCUGCCUGUCCCUCGCUCACGUCGUGCUCCUGACAUCCUUAAGUCUCCCGUAUGCAUUGAGAAGCAGCGGGGAUGGAAGAUGAGGAGCUGGGGCAUUGCCUACUGGAGCUACGAAUGUGGCCAGGCAGCUUGUGACUGUUUCCGACGCUAUCCUCCAAGCUCAGAGUCAGGGUCAAGCAGCACCCGGGUUCGGGCCAGGGUGGACGAGUUCAGCAAAUACAUGACCAUCCUUCGGGAUAUGGAUCCACAGUGCAAAGAGGAAAACUAUAUGGCGUACCCGCGCUACCUUGCAUGCUGGUCUCCCUUUGGUAUACCAAAGUUGAAGUCCCUUUGGGAGCAGGACUUGAAGUCUGGCCGAAAACUUUGGGGCCCACCGGGGCUGAAAGACCUGUCGGCCAAGUGGUUCGACAUGUGCUGCCUCGCUGUCGGGCUCAACUUUGAGCCGGAGCUUGCUCAGCAGGAUACGAUGCAGUUUGGGCCGCCGGGCACGCUUACGGGCCUUUACGUCGAAGAUUGCGCAGCCCACGUCUGGCAUGCUCAGAUUCAAGGACGACGGAUGUUCGCUUUGUUCGCGCCGCAGGAGUCCGCCAACUUGCUGGAAAAGCAGAAUGCCCCAACGGUAGAUGCGGAUACCCACACACGGAACCGCACUAGCUCUGUCGAGCUUUUCGCAUCUGGGCAGAG